AUGCGUCCUCUUCUCCGCCCAUCAUGCAUCCAGCAAACCCUCCCCACGCUGCGGCUCCCCCGACGAAUAGUCACGACAUCUGCGACAAAUGCCGCGCCGAUUGAUCUCCCGAAACUAAUCGUCUCGCCCGGUUCCAUCCACCACAAUUCGCUCCCCUCGUUCCUGGAAUACGCAACCCGCGCAAACCUCGCUCCGUCGCGCACAGUCUAUGUAGGCACGCACUACGAAUACGUCUCCGCGCUCUCCCUCCGCCGCCUGGGCUUCUCCCUUCUUCGAACAGGCCGCAAGCACGACGCUGGCAUCGACCUCAUAGGGCAUUGGAUCCUGCCGCCGCUCCGCGAGCCGCUGCCCGUUAUUGUGCAAUGCAAAGCGAGGAAGAUUAGCUGCAACCCGUCGCAUAUACGAGAGUUAGAGGGCUCGUUCCAGGGCAUACCGGCUGAGUGGCGGAAGAAAGAUGUGCUGGGCUUGCUGGCGACAACGCAGAAUGCUUCGAGGGGCGUGUUGCAAGCACUGGGGAUGAGUCGAUGGCCGCUAGGAUUCAUGAAGAUCUCGAGGAGCGGGACUAUCAAGCAGUUUAUCUGGAACCGUGCAGCCUCAGAGAGGGGGUUGGAGGGUGUGGGUGUUACUCUUCGACAUACACCACGGGCACUGCUUCUGGGGGUCACAGAGCAGGAUGAGGAAGAGGACGGUUGCACCCGCAGAGGAAAGUCUAAGGAGAAGGUUGCGGAGCAGUUCCAAAGUGCGGGCACAAUGAAAGAUAUUCAGUUGACGUGGAUGGGAUCGCCGAUCUUUCCGGAUAGAGAGGGUUUAGACGAGGAAACGGUGAAGUUGAUGGGGGUUAUCGUGGGCGCGGAGGAACAAUUUAUUACGCGGACGCCACGGAAAGCAACCAAGAGCCAGAAGAGAGCAGCAGUCACAAAGGUGGUAAAGAAAAAUAGAUCGAAGGUAGCGAGGAAAGCUGCUACGGCAGCUGCUACAAAAGCCGCGCCUACAUCCGCGAAGAAGAAAGGAAGACCUCCCGGAUCCAAGAACAAGACCACGCUCUUAGCCGUAGCAGUAGAAGCCCCCAAGAAGCGCGGCCGCCCAAAAGGCUCGAAGAACAAAGUCAAGACAAUCGUUGAAGAAGGAUGA